CCUCAGCUGUGUCUGGGGGCAGGGCAGCAGUGGAGCUGCCAGAAGCAGGAAGAAAGGCUUCCAAGUCAGAGCGCUACAUCAGACGUGGGGAAACUGGGGGCAGAUACAUCUGGGAGGUGACGGGCAUCAGGAGGCUACCUGCCCAAAGGACAUUGAAGAUCAAAGCUGAUGUUUUCUUUCCUUGGUAGCUGACAAGAUUUACCCUCAAGGACUAGAAACAUGCACUGUGCCAUCCAAAAGGCAGAAGCACUGGAUGGGGCUCAUUUGAUGCGAAUCCUCUGGCAGGAUGGUGCAGAGUCUGUCUACCCCGCUGUGUGGCUGAGGGACAACUGUCAGUGUCCAGACUGCUACCUGGAUUCUGCAAAAGCACGGAAACUUCUCAUCGAAGCUCUUGAUGUGAACAUCGGUAUCAAAGGCUUGACGUUUGACAGGAAAAAGGUGCAUAUCACGUGGCCAAACGACCACUACAGUGAAUAUGAAGCUGAUUGGCUGAAGAAAAGAUGUUUUUCACAGCAGGCCAGAGAAAAACUCCAGAGGGAAUUGUUUUUGCCAGGAUGUCAGUACUGGGACUCAGAGUUCCAGCUACCUACUCUGGAUUUUGAAGAUGUUUUAAAAGAUGAUGAGCAUGCCUACAGGUGGCUCUCCAGGCUCAAGAAAGUCGGCAUAGUGCGACUCACAGGAGCAUCUGACAAACGAGGAGAAGUUUUAAAACUUGGGAAAAGGAUUGGUUUCCUUUAUCUCACAUUUUAUGGACACACGUGGCAAGUGCAAGACAAAAUCGACGCAAACAAUGUGGCUUACACAACUGGGAAGCUAAGCUUUCACACUGAUUAUCCAGCUCUCCAUCAUCCACCUGGGGUUCAGCUUCUGCACUGCAUAAAGCAAACAGUCACUGGGGGUGAUUCAGAAAUUGUAGAUGGAUUUAACGUAUGCCAAAAGCUCAAAGAAAAAAAUCCUUGGGCAUUCCAGAUUCUGUCCUCCACCUUUGUGGACUUUACAGACAUUGGAGUGGAUUACUGCGAUUUCUCCGUACAAUCCAAACACAAAAUUAUAGAAUUAGACGAUAAAGGCCAAGUGGUUCGCAUCAACUUCAAUAAUGCAACUAGAGACACAAUAUUUGACGUACCUGUUGAAAGCGUUCAGCCUUUUUAUGCUGCUCUGAAGGAGUUUGUUGACCUCAUGAAUUGUAAAGAAUUCAAGUUUACCUUCAAAAUGAAUCCAGGUGAUGUGAUUACCUUUGAUAACUGGCGCUUACUUCAUGGCCGACGGAGCUAUGAAGCAGGAACUGAGAUAUCCCGCCAUCUAGAAGGAGCUUAUGCCGACUGGGAUGUGAUCAUGUCAAGGCUUCGUAUCUUAAGGCAGAGUGUCCGGAAUAGAAACUGAAUCUCCUGUCAAUAGAUUCCAGUGAGUGUAUUUUAUAAGAUAUGGCAAGGUUAUUUGUCUUCACAGGCUAUAAGCCAUGUCAGUAACACAUUAAUUUCCUUAACACAACAGUUCUCUUUUCUUUGUUGUCAUAUACACUGCCAACUUUUUAGAUGUUGUAGCCAUGCUCUCUCGUUUUCAAAUAAAGCAUCUCUUCUGUCCAAUUGCAUAUAUGAUCUAAUUUCUUUUGCCCAUCUGUGAGAGUCUCCAGAAUGCCUUCAAAUAGUUUUGUAUCAAAGUCUUUCUUCAAGUAAGGCUUCUUUUAAAUAAAGCUUUUGUUUCAAA